AUGGAUUUUCCAGCCUCUCAACACACUGUCCGCGUCCGGUUGAUCGACACCACCUCAGUCCUGACGAUCAAGGCAGAGUCAUUCGUCAAGCCCGCCUCAAAGGGCCUCGAUUUGCUGAAUGUCACAAAUGCUGCGUUCCUGAUCGAGCACGAAGCCUCUAACCGGAAGAUCAUGUUCGACCUGGGCGUGCGCAAGGAUUACUGGAAUCUUCCUCCGAUCAUUCAGAAACGUCUGGGGAUUAUCAUUCCCAGUCUGAGAGUCGACACUGACAUCCCGACGAUUCUUCAGGACAACGGCAUCAGUCUCGGUUCGAUAUCGUCCGUCGUGUUCUCGCACUACCAUUGGGAUCACGUUGGCGAUAUGUCCUUGUUCCCGUCCUCGACUGAGAUCGUGGUUGGGCCCGGUUUCAAGGCCUCACCCAUCGUCCUGCCAGGUUACCCGGAGAAGCCUGACUCACCGUUGAAUUCUUCGGACUUUGCAGGUCGUCAUCUGAACGAGAUCGACUUUGAGAAAGCAGGCUUGCGGAUUGGUGGCUUCGGGGCCUACGACUUUUUCGGGGAUGGCUCGUUCUACCUGCUGGACACGCCGGGCCACUGUCUAGGCCACAUGUGCGGUCUCGCCCGAACGACAGGAGGCGGUGAGGACAGCAGUUUCGUCCUCAUGGGCGGAGAUAUAUGUCAUUUCGUAGGCGACAUCAGACCGACCAAAGCAUUUCCCCUACCGGACCCAAUCCCAGUCGGGGUGCUCGACGGCGGCUUCCCGUCCCCCUGCCCGUGCAGUGUGUUUACAGACCACCACCCUCAAGGUCUCGAAGGAGCGGGCCAGGACGCACGCAGGACCACGCCGUUCUUUCUCGUCUCCGAUCACAAGGCGUCGGCCUAUGUCGAACCCCAAACGGCACAGACGUCCGUCGACAAACUCGUGCAUUUCGAGCAAUCUGCAAACGUCCUCGUCUGUCUUGCACACGACCCUGCCCUCCUGAAAUACAUACCGACGCUCAAUUCGGAUCCGAGCGCAGACAUGAACGACUGGCGUGAGCGAGGGUGGAAGGAGGGAUGUCGAUGGGAGUGGUUGAACGAGCUACCGCGCGACGGCAAGCCCGGCAGACCAGCUCUCGUGGAGGGGUUCUGGCGAGACGGCAAACAAUGGGACAGACCACAGCCUACAUAA